UCCCCCGUGUAAGAGUGAGGUGGAGGAGGACAUUCCAGUCCAUGUGACCACAGCAAAUCCCAGUAAGAAUUCUGAAGAAAACGUCAUGUUAUCACUAAAUUGUAAAGAAGAAGAUGAAGAUAUGCAGCGCUCUUCAGGAGAAAACUGCAUUACCUGUAAUGUACAUCCAGGACCUCACAGUACAGAUCCAUCAUAUAAUCCUCCUAAUCAUGAGGAACCUUCUUCUGCCCGAUCACAGAUUGGCACCACAAGUAAUGGGCAGAAAGGAGAUAAAAGGUUUCAAUGUGGGGAAUAUGGAAAACAGCUUACAAGAAGCGUAGGUCUUUUUAGACACAGAAAAAUUCACACAGGAGAGAAGCCGCAUUCAUGUUUAGAAUGUGGGAAAUGUUUUAGCCAGAAAUCCGAUCUUGUUAAACAUGAGAGAGUUCACACAGGAGAGAAGCCAUAUUCAUGUUCUGUAUGUGGGAAAUGCUUUACAGUUAAAUCUAGUCUCGGCAAACAUGAGAAAAUUCACACAGGAGAAAAGCCAUAUUCAUGUUCAGAAUGUGGGAAAAGUUUCAUAGAACAAGCAAAACUUCGUUAUCAUCUGAGAAUUCACACAGGAGAGAAGCCGUAUUCAUGUUCAGAAUGUGGGAAAUGUUUUACACAUAAAUCUAUUCUUGAUAGACAUAAAAAAAUUCACACAGCAAAGAAGCCAUUCUGAUAUUUUGUAGGGCACAGUUUUUAAAGCACGGGCUUACAUGCGUUGCGCCAUAAAGUGUUUUAGACUUUCCAUACUGAAGAAAAGAACUGUACAGCCGAACUGUAUAAACAGCAUUACUCGAAGCCGCUACUAACAUGGGUGCUGGCAUAAAUUAGCUGCCACAUUCACAUGCAUACAACAACCAUACAGAACACGAGUGUAAAGGACACAAAAAUAUUCCUAUGAACCAUAUAGUUAAAACUCUAUAAUGUAUGGAAUGAUUACGAAUGAGUCGCACAAUGCAGAGAUCCAGGGAACGAACCCAGAAACGACCAUCUGAAGGCUGUGUGUCUCUGCACAGUGUCUAGCCCCACUAAUCACUAAUGCUACAGUGCGGGACGUGCGGAGGAGAAGCAGCACAUACACAUAACAUUACAGCAGGGGUUAAAUGCCCGCAAUUGUGCCGAUGUGCAGUAGCGCACCAAGGAACCGAUCAAUGUCGGUGUGAAGGCCUCACAGGUUAGCGGCUUAGCGCAGGCAUGCUCAACCUGCGGCCCUCCAGCUGUUGCAAAACUAUAACUCCCAUCAUUCUUUGACAGCCUACAGAUAUCAUCCUACAGAAGGGCAUUGUGGUAGUUGUAGUUUUACAAGCUGGAGGGCCGCAGGUUGAGCAUCCCUGGCUUAGUGGGACCAGAGCAGCUGGGGAAUAAUGUACUGCAGGCUGAACGCACACGACCGCGGUCUCGCAGGUUGUCAGGCCGACGUUUCGGCAUCCAAGCCUUCGUCUGGGGUUAGCACUGUAUAUAUACAGGCGAUGCAUUACUGCACCAAUACCGGAGCUCAGAUGAGCAGAAAAGUGGGAAAACAUGAAAACAGGGAAAGUAUAAAAAUGACAAUAAAAUAUACAUGUGAAGAAAUGUGAGCAAAAAUAAAGUACAUUUUUAAAAAAAAAAAAGAAAACAUUAACUCUGGAAAAUGAAACGUGUAAGAAAAUGUGUUGUUAUUGCCAAAUUAUACGAAAAAAUGUAAAUCAUAAGAAAAAGGACUAGUGAAUCCAGAGAAGUGUGCGCUAGUGACGCCUGACCUCCGCAAAUAAAGUGCUGAGUAACCGAACAUGUGUGCACCGUGUGAUCACGUCCUGAAAACUGCACAAAAAUAGAAGAGUAACAACCUGGGAUAACAAACAAUAUCACUGCUCCCUG